ACGCGUGUCCGCGGGCCGGCUCCCACGGCGGGCGGAGAGGCUGCCCCAGGUUUAUGUCGCCAUGCAGCACUAUGGAGUGAACGGCUACUCCCUUCACGCCAUGAACUCCCUGAGCGCCAUGUACAACCUCCACCAGCAGGCAGCCCAGCAAGCCCAGCACGCGCCCGACUACCGCCCCUCGGUGCACGCGCUCACCCUGGCAGAGAGACUGGCUGACAUCAUUUUGGAGGCACGUUAUGGAUCCCAGCACCGCAAACAGAGGCGAAGCCGCACAGCCUUCACAGCCCAGCAGCUGGAGGCGUUGGAGAAGACCUUUCAGAAGACUCACUAUCCAGACGUGGUUAUGAGAGAGCGGCUGGCUAUGUGCACAAAUCUGCCUGAAGCCAGAGUACAGGUUUGGUUCAAGAACCGGAGGGCCAAGUUCCGUAAGAAGCAACGCAGCCUACAGAAGGAGCAGCUGCAGAAGCAGAAGGACUGUGAAGGGAGCCACAAUGAGAGCAAGACGGAGGCACCUGUGUUGGAGACCCAGGCCACCACCACAGAGGCUGAAAAGACCCAGAGCCUCCCGAGCGAGGUAAGCACGGACCUCAACCUCACCCUGUCGGAGCAAUCAGCCAGCGAGUCAGCACCCGAGGACCAGGCAGACAGAGAGGAGGAGUUCAAGAGCACCUUGGAAGAGGUGAAAGCAGACAAGAGUGCUGGUGUGGACAGCAAGGCUUUGAACUGCAAGAGAGCAAGCCCGAAAGCAGAGUCUCCUAUCAGCUCAUCGGUGACGCCUUCAUCCAGCAGUGGCCUGGCUCAGACCCACUCCUACUCCUCCUCACCUCUGAGCCUCUUCCGCCUGCAGGAGCAAUUUCGCCAGCACAUGGCAGCCACCAACAACUUGGUCCAUUACUCCUCCUUUGAAAUGGGGACACCCUCUGCUAUGCCCUACUUGGGCAUGAACGUCAACAUGGCACCACUGAGCUCUCUGCACUGUCAGUCUUAUUACCAGUCACUCUCCCACGCUCAGCAGGUCUGGUCCUCACCCAUCCUGCAGGCCUCCAGCUCCCUUCCAAGCCUGAACAGUAAAACGACGAGUAUCGAGAACCUCAGGCUCCGGGCAAAGCAGCACGCGGCUUCCCUUGGGCUUGACACCCUACCCAACUGACUGCAAGACAGGCUGCCCUCGGCCACGAGAAGAUGUACCAGGGUUGGCACUAGAGGUGUCAUGCCUUGAACCUCCUCAUCCUCAUCUCUUCC